AGUUGAUUUACAAGGUACGUGCAACUUGCAGCUUUUAGUCUUUCACGGUAAAAGAAAUUGAUCAUAUGCGACUGGUAUUCGAGAUGGUAUUAAAAUUGCCACGUAAAAGCCACAUCGAGAGAAUAGUAUUAAGAAUCAGAUCAAACGAAUGUAGAAUUUUACACAAUUUACACGUAGGGAAAAGAGCGGACGAAUGGACGAAUUAAAUCUACAACAGCAGCGGUACCAAAUUGCCGAACUAAAAACACCGAGUCACACUUUAAAAAGUCACACAUUCGUAACGGCAGAAAAACGCAACGUUCUCCUGCCGUUUACGACAAAAAAAUACAUAACGUCCUAAUAGGUGUGCAAUCGAAAAGGAGGAUGCUUCCGUGGACGACAAUUUCGAAGGUAUCAUAUAGCCACAUGGAUCGUUACUCCGGACAAUUUCGCGUAAAAGCGAAUACUUUUCUACUUGCAAGCGCACUUUGCGGUAAUGCGUGCAUCAAGAGUGUAAAGGCCGUUUGAUGAGCGGAGACUUUGAGCUGAAUAAAAAAUGACUCGCCGCGACGAAGUAGCGAGCACACACCAUUGGUUAUUGGCGACAGUUACCGUCAUUACCUCGAAACAAUGACUAGCAGCCGACGGCAAAGGGACAUCGCGUACGCGACGACCCCUUUCAAAUUGUUAACGUGGCUCAAUGGGGUUUGGCCACUUGAAACUUCUACCGUUAACUCGUUAAUAAGAUGCAUCUUAGCCACUUGUUGCAUGAGUGCAGUAGUGAUGUUGCCUUCCAUCGAGCUGCAAAUGGGAUGCAACAACGCGGAGCAAAACGUGGACAGCUUCAUGUGCAUCUGUUGCGCAUUGCUCUCCAUAGUGAAGACCGUGUGUUUCCGCGUCUACGCGGACAACCUGAGCGUCGCUUACAACGCCGCGAUAGACGAUUACCUGACGAUCAAGGAUCCGGAACAGCGUAAGCUCAUGAGGAGAUUCGCUUUUAUCGGCAGAACGCUCUCCUGCUUCAUGGUGUGCUUCGCUUACUUCGCCUGCGUGGUCUACACGCUGAUCCCACUUCUGAGGGACGAGCCUGCUAGUCAGCUCAACGCGACGAACGAGGACACUGUAUUGGAGUACACGAUACCGUCGAGAUGCACCUUCGAGUACUUCCACGCCCCGACGAGCAUGUACAAAAUUAUCACCCUCUCCGAAUCUUUGAUGAUGGUACUCACGUGCACUUGCAACCACGGUAACGACUCCAUGUUCCUCAACAUCACGCUGCACGUGUGCGGUCAGGUGAAAAUUCUGAAGGCCGACUUCGUCGACAUUGACGUUACAAAUCCGCAUGUACACAGUCGCUUGAACGCACUGAUAGAGCGACACGGUCAUCUGGUGAGGUUGGGUAACAAGCUCGCCGACACGAUCAGUUUCAUAUUGCUGACGCAAUUAUUUAUCACCUGCAUACUCUUGUGCAUAAUGGGAUUCCAAUUCGUCUUGGCGUUGAAGCAGAAGGACGUAGUUAUGCUGGCGAAAAGCUGCAUGGUGCUCACUUCCUUUCUGAUGCAAAUUAGCGUCUACAGUUUCGUCGGGGAUUACUUCAAGGCUCAGAUGGAAGAAGUCGGGUUGUUUCUUUAUCAGAGCGCUUGGUACGGCCUCCCGACGAAGCUGACGAGAAUCCUGGCGUUCAUCAUCAUGCGUUCCCAAUCUCCCGUCAAACUGCAAGCUGGAAAUUUCAUCGUGAGUGCAGUAGUAAUCUUGCCUUCCAUCGAGCUCCAAAUGGGAUGCACCGACGCGGAGCUAAACGUAGACAGCCUCAUGUUCAUCUGUUGCGGACUGGUCUCCAUAGUGAAGACCGUGUGUUUCCGCGUCUACGCGGACAAGCUGAGCGACACUUACAAUGCCGCGAUAGACGAUUAUCUGACGAUCGAGAAUCCGGAACAGCGUAAGCUCAUGAGGAGAUUCGCUUUUAUCGGCAGAACGCUCUCCUGCUCCAUGGUGUGCUUCGCUUACUUCGCCUGCGUAGUUUAUACGCUGAUACCACUUCUGGGGGACGAGCCGACUAGUCAGUUCAACGCGACGGACGAGGACACGGUGUUGGAGUACACGAUACCGUCGAGAUGCACCUUGGAGUACUUCCACGCCCCGACGAGCAUGUACAAAAUUAUCACCCUCUCCGAAUCUUUGAUGAUGGCACUCACGUGCACUUGCAACCACGGUAACGACUCCUUGUUCCUCAACAUCACGCUGCACGUGUGCGGUCAGGUGAAAAUUCUGAAGGCCGACUUCGUCGACAUUGACGUUACAAAUCCGCAUGUUCGCAGUCGCUUGAACGCGCUGAUACAGCGACACGGUCAUCUGGUGAGGUUGGGCAAGAAGCUCGCCGACACGAUCAGUUUCGCUUUGCUGGCGCAAUUAUUUAUUACCAGCAUACUCUUGUGCAUAAUGGGAUUCCAAUUCAUCUUGGCGUUGAAGCGGAACGACGCAGUUAUGCUGGCGAAAAGCUGCGUGGUGCUCACUUCCUUUCUGAUGCAAAUUAGUGUCUACAGUUUCGUCGGGGAUUACUUCAAGACCCAGAUGGAGGAAGUCGGUUUGUUUCUUUACCAGAGCGCUUGGUACGGCCUCCCGACGAAGCUGACGAGAAACCUGACGUUCAUCAUCAUGCGUUCCCAAUCCCCCGUCAAGCUGCAAGCUGGAAAUUUCAUCGUGGUAAAUCUCGCAACCUAUAUGAGCAUCCUAAAGACCUCCAUUUCGUACCUGUCUGUACUUCGCGUAAUGGUGGACACGUAGAUCGUAACAUUAGCACAACGCAGGAGAGAAGAAAGAAAAUCUACUAGAGCAAAAUCAUAUAAAUCUGUCAGCUCGGAGUCGCGACUGAUGAAACGGGAAACUGCGGAUAGCAAGAGUUUAUAUAGUACAACGUUAUUUUAAUAAAAUCUCUAAUUGUAGUCGCAACGCAGCCGUCUAUUCGUGCCAAAUCAACUUCUCGCAUAGCAGAGUGCAAACGUAUGUACACUUAGAAAGCAGAAGAUAAAAAAUACGUCGAUGUGUCUUUGUUCCGAUAAAUAAAACCUUUCAAUACAGA